CGCGUUAGGUUGCAGGCGCCGUGCACCUUUUUUCGAAAAAUGCACAAUUAACGCGAAAUUGUCGACGGAGUGAAUCAGUUAUUUGUUGACAAAACAUAUAUUUGACUAAAUUCCUUAAUAAUGAAUUUUUAUAUAUUGAUUUUGUUGGUUGCAUUAACACAUCAAUACCAACACAAGCUCGCCAUUGCACAUUUGAGGCCUUUGAAUGCCAACGUAGAUAGCGAUGAAGACAAAAGUGAAAGUGAAAAUGGAGGCGCGCCGGAAAUAUUAACUUUACUAAAGCCACUACCACCCAUUCCGCACAGUAAAGCAGCGCUGUGGCCGCCAACCAAUCACAGGUACCCGGAGCUACCACAUACGUUGCGUCCGCUAACAUCUUCGCCAGCUACAAACAACCGCGCUGAUAAGCCGGCGAUAGUCAAUGUCACUGUUGCUGAUUCAACAUUAACAGCUAGUGCUUACAGCGAUGACAGCUAUUCGGCUGACAGCAACAGUGAAUUAUACAGCAACACCUUCACACCAUUAAUACGUAACAGUAGCACAGAAGUCGUACGCAAUUCCAGCGCUAUGCCUACGUCCGCAAUGCAGUUUUGUGAACCGGAAGUGUUCGAACAUGAUUACAUCAUUGUUGAAAAUCUCACGCAUCCUACAACUAAUGUUUGGAAGCGCGCACGUGCCGGUGAGCGCGCUGGCCUGAGGGAAGUGUGCCUAAAGCCGAACGGUUUGCCGUUGACGCGCUUGUGUCGCUAUGAUAAGCAAAAGCGCGCCGCUGAGUGGGAGGACAUUAGCGAUUGGCCGCGCGUGGUUUGCAUGCGGCAAACGCGCGAAUGUAUACUUAGUGAUAGAUUGAAUACGUUGCACGAACAACUGCUAGAAGGGCAACUGUUGCAGGACGGUGUAGCCAAGCGCGUCGAAGUGACUGAUCAACUGUAUAAAAUGUUACGCGAGACUAAUUUAAAAUUCCUACCCGCCGAUGUGCAUUUAACAUCGCAGAUAUUGCAUGAGGUUGCUGUCACAGCACAGGACACAGAGCUGUCGGUCGAUAUGGUUCGCAUUUGUGAUCGACUGAUGGCAAGCGAUCCGAAAAUUUUGCGCAUUUCGGCUGACUUGAAUGCGACCAAUUCCAUAUUGGACACGUUUGAAUACUAUAUGGAUGCGUUGUCCGAGCGGCAAGUGCCUACAGAAAGCUGUACGAGCACGUCUACAAUAACAAUUAUUUCACAACCCAGCGAUGAGUCCAGUGAGGAUGUAGCAAAUGGCUACCCAAAGGCUGUGGAGGAAGUGAAAAUGGGGCAUAUGGGUGUACGCGCGCAUAUUUCGGCAAAUAUUAGUGUAUUCUUUGUAAAUCCGAGCUGCGCAAAUAUAUCCGGAAUUGCUGUGUACGCAUUAACGUCGAAUCAAGACGUAACAAUAAACACGCAUGCGUUACUCAAUACAACAGUGGGGAACUUUCAUUAUCGCUUCAUUAAUAUGAACGAAUCUGUGGCGGCGUUAAUGCAAGAACCCGAGCUGCAGGUAGCUGGCUUUUUACCCACCCACCUGUGGGAGCAAGUGCGCACAACGCUCUUGGCGAAGGGUAAGCUACCGGUGGUUGUGCUGAAAGUUUAUGGACAUGACGCGCUCUUUGUGGAUCCAGCGCUGGUGCAUACGCGCAAGCCAUUUAGUAAAAUUCUCUCCAUCUCCAUACCAGGCUACAACCAAAAUUUUCCGGAACCAUUAACAUUCCUGCUGCGAAAUCGGUAUGACUAUAUGGAUUCGUCACUCAUAGCACAACCGGGCACUGGUUGUGGCUACUGGAACUACACCAGCUGGGUGAAUACUGGCAUUCAAACGGAUGUCGGCGAUUUAUUUAAUACGUCCGUUAUUGAGUGUCGCACGCAGCAUUUGACGCAAUUCUCAUUCUUAUUGGGCGGCACCUAUAAACAAGUUGAUAUAAGCGAUGACGUUCUCAUUACACCAAUACACUUGCGCGCUCUUGAUAUAAUUUCACUUGUAGGUUGUUCGCUCUCACUGGUAGGCCUGCUGGGUAUUUGGGUGACAGCGAUAUUGUUCAAAAGUUGGCGCACGCUCGCCUCGACUAAAGUGCUACUCAAUCUCUGUGUCGCGCUCACACUGCAAAUGGUGCUUUUCGUGUUCGUCAAUACGGAGGACAUGUCGGCAGAGUUGGUAGAGGAUCGCCUUUAUAUAAAUUGCAUAGUGCUGGGUGCAUUUAUACAAUAUUCAAUACUGGUGCUUUUUAUUUGGAUGUUAAUAAUAGCCGUACUACAGUUCCAGCGUUAUGUAACCGUUAUUGGCAUCGAGCGUCCUAAGCGUUACAUACUUAAAUCAGCUAUAGUGGCGUGGGGAGUGCCAAUUAUACCCACACUACUGGUGGUCUGUAUCGAUCCAAGUUCUUAUAUACCUACCGAAUAUGAAUUGCAAACAAAUAGCGGUAUUUGUUACCCCAGCGGUUUGGGACUUACGCUAGGAGUUAUCGUACCAAUAGCAGUUAUUGUGGUCGCCAAUCUCACCAUCUUCAUUUACGUCUUCUACAGCAUAUCGCAUACGCUAAAUCAAGCAAUGCAACGUAACGAAAAGAAAAUGACCUUUAAGCAGAUACGCUUGUCGGUGUUGCUCUUUUUCCUGCUGGGCAUCUCGUGGAUAUUUGGCUUAUUUGCAUAUAUGCAGGGUGGCCUAAUCUUUUCCUACCUUUUCUGUCUCACUGCCACAUUGCAAGGCUUUGUGUUAUUCAUAUAUUUUGUGUUAUUAGACGAAGUGCCACGUGGCGCUUGGUUGGACUUGCUUCAUCCACAGCGCAAGAAGAAGAGUAGUAAGCGCGUCACAGAACUACAAUCGAUGACGACCUCAACGGGUGUUGAGAGUGGUUCGUGUGGUUCGCGCGACACUAUGUCUCGGGUGCACCGAAGCGAACAAAGAAACGGGCGCUCUCCUCCGCAGGCCCUACCGACAGAAGGUGAAGCGACCGGGACACAUUAAUUAGGUGCAUAUGCGAUACAUAUAGGUAUGUAUAAUGAAUAUAGACUGAGGGAUUAUCACAUACAUAUGCAUACAUUUAUGUAACUCCUUCUUGGCGAAUUGUUAGUAUUUCGACUUUCAAUAAGCGUAUCUACCCACAUACUUUUACAUCUACAAACAUAAAUAUUUAUUGUUAGUGAUAAGAGCAUUUUGGACUUCAAAACUAUUUAAGGUACCUACUAAUUUUAAGAAUAUAUUACCUAUGUAUUGUGAAUAUGUAUAUGAUUACAGCUGUUUAGGUUUUAAGACGAAGUGAAAAUUACUGAAA